CUGACUACAUCACAAGGCAGAGAAAAAGCAGAGGAUACAGUAAACUUGCUGUUUCUCCUUUUUCCCAUACCGGUAAUCAUCAUCUCUCUCUGUGAGGGAUUUCUCUAUGAUGCAUUUAGGAAACUAGCGAAUAGAACUGAAUGGUGAAAAUAGUUGUUGGCACUCAGAAUUUGGGAUCAUCUUGAGGUGUUUAGAGCUUAGUGACAGCAGAAUUUGUAUCUAGGAUGAUGGCGGACAUGUCAGCGGAGGAGAUUACAAUUAAAGCUGACCAAGUAACAGAUGAGUCACUUGAAAGCACUAGGCGGAUGCUACAAAUGGCAGAGGAGAGCAUGGAUGUAGGAAUAAAAACAGUGACCAUGCUGGAUGAGCAGGGAGAAAAACUGAGGCGUGUGGAAGAGGGAGUGGAUCAGAUCAGGCAGGACAUGAAACAGGCUCAGAAGAACCUAAACGAGCUGUCCAAAUGCUGUGGCUUGUGUCUGUGUCCAUGUAACAGACUGAAGUCCAUUGAGAAUGAUAGGCGAUAUAAGCAAGUUUGGGGUACAGCGAAAAUAAAUCAGGGUGUGGUAUCCAGCCAGCUGACUGCCGUCCAAAAUAAACAAGCUGUUUCUGUUGGAUCAGUGGCCCCCUCCGGCCCCUACAUUAAGAGAAUAACGAAUGAUGAACGGGAAGAUGAGAUGGAGAAGAAUCUGGAGCAGGUUGGCAGCAUCAUCGGGAAUAUAAAGAGCAUGGCUCAGGACAUGGGCAACGAGAUCGAUCAUCAAACUGAUAUCAGUAAAAAACUUAUUAAAAAGGUUGAAAUGCUUAUAGAUCACGUUGACCGUGCUAAACAUCAAGCUGACAACUGUUACCAAAGGAAAUAGAGAAGGAAUUACUUCCAGUAUUGCUCAGGAUCCUGCUUGCCACACUUUCUACCAAUGAAAAGAAUGUCACAAGAGUAACAGGAACUCUUUUAGUGCCUUUUUAUUUUGCAAUCUUAAUGUUCAUUUGUAAAUUGCUGGACUUCAAAAUGGGGCCUAAGAAUGAUCUAUGGAAAGUAUAUGCAUUGUACUCUUUGGACAAAAGAGGAAAAGUUGUGUGAUAUGUCCAUGUAUUGGGAUAGAAUAGCAUGUCAAUUAUGAAUAUGACAUUGCAAAACAUUUUUAAACAUCUUACAUUUUUUAAUAAAGCAAAUCAUCAUAAUAAUCAUCACAGUUAAGCAUAA